GAAUACCAGAAUUGUAACCAUGCCUGAACCAGCAGUGAAAGCAGCGAAGAAGGGAUCCAAGAAGGCGGUGACAAAGACCGCCGGCAAGAAGGACAAGAAGAGGAGAAAGACCAGGAAGGAGAGCUACGCCAUCUACGUCUACAAGGUGAUGAAGCGAUCGAUAAUAACCGAUACCCUAUCCUCAACCAUGGGGCUUUUUUGGGGGCGUGGGCGCGGGGGGGGGGCGGCCCGUCUGGCUCACUACAACAAGCGCUCCACCAUCACUUCUCGGGAGAUCCAGACCGCCGUGAGGCUGCUGCUCCCCGGGGAGCUGGCCAAGCACGCCGUGUCCGAGGGCACCAAGGCCGUCACCAAGUACACCAGCUCCAAGUAAACCGACCCGCUGCCUUAAUCCCAUCAAACCAACGGCUCUUUUAAGAGCCACACACUUCUUCUUUAAGAGCAAAGCUCCUUUUAAGCAUUUUUACAAGUUAAUUUACCGUUCAGUUUCACUGUAAAGGAAAGCUGCAAUGAGUGGCGCUUGUAUUGUGACGGAAAAACUAAACAUGUUGUAUACCUAUGACAAUAUACUAUUGUGGCUGAAAUAUAAGUGAACCGUGCGGUUCCGGCAUUUGAAGCCCAUGUUUCUUUAUUUUAUAGUCAAACCUUAGUACCGACCAUAUAAUAAAACGUCAGUUCCAGUCCAGUAACCUUGUUGUCCUCAGUUCAAAUGUGAUCUAUUUUCAAAACGUUUAAAUAUCAGAAAUUUGGGUUUUCUUUCAAAAAAAUUGUCAAAUAACGAGGAUUGUUUCCCUACGACGCUCUUCACAUGUAAAAUAAAUGAUCAGUUCACUACU